AGAAAUAUCCAAAAGUUGUGCGUAUGUGUGGAUUUGUCAAAUGUCAGAAAAGCUGUAACACUCUUGCAAAUAAUUUCGCAUUUUGAGGAAGAGAUCAAUAAGCUUCUUCGAUCUUCUCUUCCCAAGGAAGAAAAAAGAUGAGUUUUCAUGUUCUAAAGUCUCCCAUAACCUUGCGCUCUUGCAACAGCUCUCUCGUUGGAUUCUUCUUCAAAUCUCAGAAUCCUCUUCUCUCUGCGAGAUGGGUUAGAGCUGGAGAAUCCAGUUCCAUGAGAUGUUUUGCUACUGCUAUACGUGGAAAGAACAAGAAACAGAGACUGGACGAGGCAUGUCUCGAAAGGUAUCAGGAAUACAGUCGCACACUAAUACAAUCAUGGAUUUUACAAGGCAAAGUGCUUGUGGAUGGAAAAAGAGCUAGUAAAGCUGGAAUGCCUGUAUCCAAUGGUGUGUCCAUAAAGAUCACAGCCGAGGUUCCGAAAUAUGUAUGUAGAGGCGGGCUCAAGCUGGAAGCUGCGAUUGAGAAGCUAGACGUUGAUGUUUCUGAGAAAGUAGUUCUUGAUGCAGGACUUUCUACAGGAGGGUUUACGGAUUGUUUGCUUCGUUAUGGUGCAGCUCAUGUUUAUGGCGUAGAUGUUGGUUAUGGUCAGGUAGCUGAUAAGAUUCGUAACGAUAAGAGAGUGACUGUUAUAGAAAGGACGAAUCUGAGAUACCUCCCAGGACUCCCUCAAAUGGUGGAUGUAGUGACACUAGACCUCUCGUUCAUUUCCAUUCUCAAGGUGAUGCCAGCUAUCAUGAAUGUGAUGAAAGAAAAUGCAACUCUAGUUACCUUGGUUAAACCCCAAUUUGAAGCUCGAAGAUCACAGGUUGGGAAGGGUGGCAUUGUAAGAGAUCCUGAAGUACAUCAGGAGGUUCUUGAGAAGAUAAUAAAUGGUGUCGAGCUCUAUGGAUUUACCAACAAAGGGUUUAUCGAAUCUCCCAUAAAGGGCGCAGAGGGAAACAUAGAGUUCUUGGUUUGCUUCAACCGUGGGACAGUGAAACGCGAAGAAGAAUACUAGACUUAUACCUCCAUUGCUGUGAAGUUAGAACCUUGAGCGUAAUGUUAUUGUCUCUUCUUUCACUCAUUCCAUGAUUUAACGUUUAAGUGACAGAUUUUAUAACUAUUCUUGAUAUCAUUCAUCCCAAAGAUAAAUACCAAAUGGAUCGCAAGUUAA